AUGUUGUCCAAUGGAAAAUUAAUCUAUUGGAAAUCCAAAAAAUCUGCAGCCAAUAUUAUUUUUUCAAAAUUGAUUUCCCAAAGAUCCACAUAUUUGAGUGCUCCAGAAACUAUGACGAAAAGUUACUGCAAUGCAAAUGAACGAAGAUUCUUCACCACGCUCGAGGGAAAAUAUGAUAGCAUUAGCAGCAAUGACAACACAAAGGAUAUGAUUUUCAAAAACUUCUAA